AUGACAAAGACAAUCGCUGUCAUCGGCGUGACAGGAAACCAGGGCUCAUCCGUCGCCCGUGUAUUCCUCGCCGAGCCCGGAUGGAAAGUCCGUGGCAUCGCCCGGGACCCGUCCAAGCCCUCUGCCCAAAAAUGGGCAUCCCAAGGCGUCGACAUCGUCCCCGGCAACCUGGACGACGUCAGCUCCCUCAAGCAAGCCUUCCAAGGCGCAAACGUAAUAUUCGGCGGCACAGACUUCUGGGGCCACCUCAACGACCCCGCCACGCAAAAGCUCGCCGCCUCGCAAAACCGCACGCCAAACGAAGUAGCAUACGACCGUGAGGUAUCCCAGGCGAAAUCCAUCAUCGAUGCCGCUGCCGCCAAUCUAACCACACUCGACCGUUUUGUACUCUCCACUUUGUCCGAAGCGAGGAAGUGGAGCAACGGGACGAUCAAGUGGAACUUGCAUUUCGAUGCCAAAGCCGAGGCGGUGAAUUACCUCAAGUCUACGUAUCCGGAUUUGCUGGCGAAGACAAGCUUCGUGCACUUGGGGUACUAUGCUAGUAAUUGGAAGUCGUUUAGUGGGAGACCCAUGAAGCAGGCGGAUGGGUCGUUUGUUGUUAGUUUGCCCAUGAGUGGGGAGAGGAAGAUACCCAUGGCGGAUCCGGUUGCGGAUACUGGCCAUUUCACCAAGGCAUUGGUCGAAUCGCCUCCAGGUAUUGUUCUGAGCGGCGCCGGCUCGUUCAUUUCGUUUAAUGAGUGGUGCGAAAUCUUUGGUCGCAUUAACAAUGUCAAAUGCGUCUUUCAGAUUAUACCUCGCAAGGCGAUGGAAGAGGCAAUGGGACCGAUAUACGGGCUUGAGAUUGCAGACAUGUUUGAGUACUUUGACAAGUAUGGGUUUGAUGGUGGGGCUGACGUUGUCUUUCCGUGGGAUAUGGAGGUCAAGGUCAAAUAUACGACGAUGGAGGAGUACAUGAAGGGUGAGGAUUGGAGUUCUGUGCUGUGA